UCAGUGAUGAAUUUAACUACGUCUAAAAAAACGAUAGAGCAAAAGACUAUUGUCAAUUUUUUAAUCAAUUGAAUAUUUUAAUCAUUUUAUUUGUUUAUCAGAAUUAUUGAAAAAAUGGCACAUUGUUAUUCUCAAAUUGAAGUGGAUAUAAGCAGUAUAAAUGGAUUGCUUAAAAAUUUCACCAAUGAUGAACUUGAUUCUAUUCUAAAUGAUUCAUCGAAUGAACGAAUUGAAAGUUUUAUUAAGGAUUUACCUCAAGUGAGAACAUUGGAAUGUGAAAGAGAACGAUUAAUCGAAGAGAAUAAAAAAAUAGCUGAGAAUAAUCUUUCAUUCGAAUCGACUUAUCGUAUUCAACGACAAGAACUAAAGAAAUCAUAUGAAGAAUGUCAAUACAUGAAACAAGAGAUGGAUAAGAAAAAAUCCAAAUUAAGAGAAUUUGGUCGACAACAUUCGCUCGAUACGACGUUAGCAUUAAUGCAAGCGGCUAUGGCUGAAGCUGAAGAAGCUUCUGACGAAGUUGCUAACGCUUUUCUUCGCAAAGAGAUAACGAUUGAAGAAUUUCUUAAGGAUUUUAAUGAAAAACGAAAAUUAUUCCAUAUGCGUCGUAUUAAAGCAGAAAAGAUGCCCGAAGAAAUUCGUAAUAUUCAAUCAUCAAUGCCUAAACCUUGGCGAACUGCUCCUGCACCACCAAGUCUACCGUUUUCUCAAUUAUCAAUGAGUGAUCGCUCAUCAAAUGAGAAUAAUCCCAAUCCUCCUUAUCCUACUACCAAUCCAUUUGGCUUUUUUCCUUAUCCACAAAAUUACCAAUGAUUUAUAAAUAUUCUUUGAUGAUUAACAAUACAAAAACAAAAAAAUAUUUUGCUUACUUUAAAAUGUUAUAAACAUUGAUAAAUAAACUAAGGAAAUGAAUGUUUAAA